AUGGUUUGGCGUAAGAUAUCUAGCAGCCUGAGUGAUUAUUUUGACAAGUUUGACUCUUUUAAGGCCAUUGGCAAUACUGACAUUCAUAAACUUGAAGAUAAGGCUAAACGUGCGGCUCACAAAUUGGCCUGGUACGACGGAGAGGGCGAGCCAACUUCUCACAACCCAUUCAGAAAGAUCCAUCGACGUCAACAUCGCCGCACUGGGACUAUGGAAUCUGUGGAACUUGAAUCUCAACUGCCCCACUCAGGCAGUCUUCGCGAUCUUUCUUUGUCAGGAAACCGUGAUCGUCGACGAGAGCAGACGGAUGGUCUUACAGGGCCUGAGUACUCUAACAGCUUUCCUCCUGACAGCGAAGGGAAAUACACUACAGGUGGCGCUGAGCGUAGUGCUCCAGAGCCAUCAAAUAGCAGCCAAACCCCCAUCAAUGUCCCCGAGUCUCCAGAGCAGGAUGACGGUACGCUCAGGAAACGGAAAACCGCCAAUAGUCUCGAUCGGCGACAAUCGACGGAUGUCAAGGAUUUGGAGGAUAUGAAGAAUAAUGAACCUAAGUUCACGGUUGCGUCGCAGUUGAGGGCUACUAUUCUCAACUCCUGGAUCAAUGUUCUUAUCAUUGCCGCGCCGGUUGGAAUUGCUCUGUAUGCCGUAAAAGCCAACUCUGUUGCUGUCUUUGUUGUCAACUUCAUUGCUAUCAUCCCAUUGGCUGCUAUGCUGAGUUUUGCGACAGAGGAGAUUGCUAUGAGAACCGGAGAAACGAUCGGUGGUCUGUUGAAUGCCACCUUCGGUAAUGCUGUGGAAUUGAUUGUUGCCAUCUUGGCUUUGGUCAAGAAGGAGGUUACUAUUGUGCAGACUUCUCUGAUUGGAAGUAUGCUGUCCAACUUGCUUCUUGUCAUGGGAAUGUGUUUCUUCUUUGGCGGUGUAAACCGCUUGGAACAGCACUUCAAUGUCACGGUUGCGCAAACAGCAGCAAGUCUUCUCGCAUUGGCUGUCAGCAGUCUGAUCAUUCCUACUGCUUUCCAUAACUGGUCUGAUGGAAACAAGGAUAAAACUCCCGCUCUCUCUCGAGGCACCAGCGUCCUUCUUCUAAUCGUCUACGGCUGCUAUCUCUUCUUCCAGCUCAAAUCCCACACCGAAAUCUACACCCAAAAGAGUCCCAAGGUCGAGAAACGAAACAAGCGACCCUCGGAGGGCGAUGCGAACCGCGGUAUCGCUCAGAUCGGCAAGAUGACUCUCCAAACCAUUGGCGGUGAACAGGCACAACAACUACAAAUGAAGGAUCCAGAGGAUGAAGAGGAGCAGCCCCAGCUGUCUGUCACGGUUGCUGUUCUUACACUUGUGAUUUCCACUGCACUCGUUGCUGUGUGUGCCGAGUUCAUGGUCGACUCCAUUGAUGCCCUCACUGCUACUGGUAACAUCGGAACUACCUUUGUCGGUCUGAUUCUACUUCCCAUCGUCGGUAACGCGGCGGAGCACGCUACUGCUGUCACGGUCGCAUGCAAGGAUAAGAUGGAUCUGGCUAUUGGUGUUGCCGUUGGAUCUAGUAUGCAGAUUGCUCUGCUUGUUCUACCGCUGAUUGUCGUUAUUGGUUGGUGUAUGGGUGUUGACACUAUGACCCUCAAUUUCGACGGAUUCCAAGUGAUCUUAUUGUUUGUCGCUGUUCUGCUGGUCAACUACCUAAUUUCGGAUGGAAAGUCUCACUGGCUUGAGGGCGUCUUGCUUAUGAUGAUGUAUCUGAUUAUCGCCAUUGCUGCUUGGUUCUUUUGA